UUCUUGCCCUUUUGCCACCUCAGGAUGCUGUCCAACUUGUACCAAUGGUUCUGGAAGGAUGAGCACUGGCUUCCUUCUGGAUACACAUGGACUGACAUAGAGGAUGUCAGUGGGGUCACAUAUCCUCACCCCAAGGACCUCCUGGCAACCCUUCCCUUGGCAUUCAUCUUAGUGAUUGUCCGAUAUAGCUUUGAGAGGACCAUUGGUGUACUUCUGAGCAGGGUCAUGGGUGUUCGUGACUACCUUAGAUUAAAGCCUGGCCCCAACCCCAUAUUGGAGUCCUUUUUCCAGACUCAGAGUUGGAAUCCCAAAGAGGCUCAGCUGAGUCGCCUGGCCAGUCAGUGUGACCUCUCAGUGAGGCAGACCCAGCGCUGGUUUCGACGUCGAAGGAAUCAAGAACGACCCAACCUGACAAAGAAGUUCUGUGAAUCUAGUUGGAGACUUUUCUUUUAUUUGUCUUCUUCCUUUGGAAUCUUUCUCACCAUCUACGAUGAGAAGUGGUUUGGAGAUCCCAAGACAUGCUUCGACAGAUUCCCAAAGCAGCCUCUGAAGACUGGCCUGUAUUGCUGGUACCUGCUGGAGAUGAGCUUCUACCUCUCUUUGCUGCUCACUCUACCCUUUGAUGUGAAGAGGAAGGACACCAUGGCACAGGUCAUCCACCACUUUGUUGCCAUCAUCUUGAUGUUCUUGUCCUAUUGUUGCAACUUACUGCCCUUUGGUGCCUUGACAUUGCUGCUACAUGAUACAACUGACAUCUUAUUAGAGGCCAGUAAGAUGCUCCUUUAUGCACACUGGAAACAUGCAUGUGAAAUAGUCUUUGCCAUCUUUGCUGUGAUGUUCAUUGUCACCCGGCUCAUCCUCUUCCCAACCAAAAUCAUCUAUGUUUCCUUCUAUUAUUUCACGUGGAAUCUCUACUUUGGAUAUAUUUUUUCCUUAUUCCUUCUGACCAUCCUACAGGGACUCCAUGUCUUCUGGUCCUACUUUAUUCUCCAUAUAAGCUAUUUAAGGAUUAUAUAUAAUAAGAAGAGUGAUUUGAGGAGUGACGUGGAGGAACAAGACACAAGUGAUGAGCAGUUAGAGAAGAUGGAGAAGCAGAAGAACAGGAGGCUCCAGACCAAUGAAGAUACCAAUUCCUACAACAUCCUCUGGAUUUGA